AUGACGCGAAACGGGGGCGUCCGACCGGCGGAGAAAGCCGCGCAGGAAGAGAAAGAGAAAGAAGACGCGGGAGUCGCGGCGGAGAAAAUGGAAUUAGGAGACGAGGACGACGAGGAGUACUACCCGAGCGGCGCGAGACCGGCUGAAAAAGGUGAACUUUUGCUCUCGAGAACGCUCGCCUUGAGGUGCCCGAAAGGUUUUGCCUUUAUUAAAUCGAGCGAGUUUGAGCAGUUUAAAGAGAACUGGCAAGAGAUGAAAGGGAGGAAGAAAAGUCACGGGUCGAUGAUGAAUGGGGGCGUUGACCCGAUGUCGUGGCGGUCUGGGAUUUUCGAUCGACACAAAGUUGCGGAGCCGUACUCGGGAGGAGGAGGACACGCCGCCGCCGCGCCAGUCGCACCAGUCGCGCCAGUUCCGAAACCGGAACAGUCUGCGCCUCCUGAACCACCGGCAAAGCAAGAAGUGGAUCCUGCCAUCCUUCAAAAAGUCGAGUCGAUUAUCGCGACGCCGGUGUUGGAGAUUCCAUUAGCCGGUGGCGAUAAGACGGACGAAGAGUGCACGGAGGAAGAGUUAGCGGAGAGGAAAAAACAACGAAAAGCGAUGAAAAAAAGAGAAAAAGAAUUAGCAAAACAAGAGUUGAAAAAGAAAUUGGAGGAGAUUGCAAAUGCAAAGAGAAGAGUCGAGGAAGUCGAGAGGCAGAAGAAAGAAGCGGCGGAGAGAAAACAAGAACAGUUACGAGCGAGCGGCGGCGUGUUCAACCAGUACGAUAACAUGUUCAACGACAUGUUACCGCCGCCGGAUGCGUACAGCGCGAGAAGACCGGACCCAUACGCGAACAGAACGGUGAAGCCGGCAAGCAUGAGUCUCGGUUCUGACCGCUCGCACAAGAGAAUGCGCGAUGGGCGCAUCAUUAAGAAUCGACGGAUGUUGAGAGAAGCGCAAAUUGAGGACGAACGACAAAAGAGGAGAAACGUGUUGAUCAAAUCGUGCAGAGACGUUUUGAACCACGUGAAAAGAAACAAAUUCCACUGGAUUUUCACGCAACCCGUUGACGCGGUAAAGCUUGGCAUCCCUGAUUAUUACGAGAUCGUGAAGAACCCGAUGGAUCUCGGUAAAGUGAAAGAGAAGUUGGAUGGGAAGAAGUACACGUGGCCGACCGACUUUGCGGACGACAUGCGAUUGAUUUUCGAUAACUGUGCCUUGUAUAAUGGGACGACUACGGAUGCUGGACAAAUGGGUGAAACAGUCCGCGGCGCGUUCGAAGAAGGGUGGGUGAAAUACAACGUUGAACAGAAAAUGAGCGACGAGGAGGACAUCCGCACGAAGGAGGAUAUUGAAAUCGCAAACACGCCGGAGGAUCCGAUCAGACAAGAAGAGGUUUUCGCGGAAGAGCAGGCCAAGUUACUCGCGGAAAUGAAACGUGAAUUGGCAGAGUUGAGAAGACAAAAGGGUGGUGGUGGCGGAUACGCCCCUCGAGAGCGCGAUAUGGACGGAUUCUUAGACGACGACUUUGACGCGAACAUGUACGACGACGAUCCGGAGGAGUAUGCCGCCGCGAGUCGAGGUAAAGCAACUGGUAAACCAAGAGGUCGCCCGGUCGGAAGUGGCAGCGGUCAACCGAAAGCCAAACGACAACGCGCGACUCCACAAAGCAAAGUUACGAAAGAUCGCAAGUACAUUGAGCUCGAUCAAGAGCCGUUACCGACGAGAGAGAUGACGUUUGAUGAGAAGCACGCGUUGACGAUGUCGUUGCAAGAGCUUCCAGAGAGCAAGCAAGAGAUGGUGAUUACUAUUGUUCAAGAAGGGCAAGCAGCGAUGGGCAAAGCCGAGGGCGACGAGAUUGAAAUCAACAUCGAAGAACUCGAUUCGAAAACGCUUUGGAGACUUCAAAGGUACUGCGAUUCGCAGUUGAGACCGAAGAAGAGCAAAAAGUCGGCGUCGGCUAUGGAUUUGGUGAAGGAAGCCAAGGCGCGAGAAGCGGCAGCCAUGCGUGAACUCGAAGCGUGCGAAGCGAACUUGAAGAAUAAUCCGAGGAGGAAAGCGUCGAACACUGAUUUGGCGACUGUAGCGGGUGCUUCUGGUGAGAAACCCGCAAACUCGGACUCAUCCGAUUCCGAUUCCGAUUCCGAUUCCGAUUCUUCGUCUUCGGAAGGCGGCGACUCGAAUCCCGAGAAGGGCAACAAAGCCGCCGGCAGUGGCGGGAACGACGAUGGGACUUCCAACGUCCGACCAGUCUCUCGAGUCGAACAGUCGACGAAUCAGCUCUUACAACCCGCCGUGGAUGAGUUGGGCAUCAAACGCGACCAAAAGCAACCCGUCGCGGCGGUGCAAAAUCCAGAAGGUUGGUCCGAUCUCAACAAGAAGGACGACACAGCAAACACGGGCGCCGCCGCGGGUGCACCUGCGGCGGACGCGAGCGCGCCCACGGAAGCCGUCGAUGCCGUUCCAGAUGAUUUGUGGUCCGAUUUUGAAGCCGCGGCGACGCAAAAGAAAGACAUUGAAGCGAAUCGAAACGCAGAGAUUGAGAAGCGCGAAAAAGAAAUCGCCGAAGCCGAACAAAAGGUGAAAAACGAGCAAGCGCAAAAGGAGAAGGAAGAGCAAGAAAAGAUCCAAAAGCAAAAGGACGAAGAAGAAGCGAAGAUCCGAGCCGAGGAAGAGGAACGAGAGAAAGCGAGGGCGGCGGCUAGAGCGGAGUUACAAGCGGAGACAAAACAAACGAUCAACAUCGAAGAACAGAGAGAAGCGAUGAAGGAGUUUGGAGGAGAAGGCAUGGUGAGUGGUAUGGAAAAACACGCCGCGCAGAUUAAAGAAACUCUUGGAAACGGGAGCAGCGGAGAGCAAGCGUGA